GUGUGUCUGUAUUAUAUGUACAUGUAUAUGCAUAUGUGGAUGAUCUCUAUCUAUAAAAGAAAUAUAUUGAAAGCUAGCUUGUUUAAACUACGUACGUACCAACUUUCUAUUUGGUUUUCCUUCAUCAAAUUACUUUAAUAGGAUAUAUAUACAUACAUGAUACAUAUACUCCGUUUUAUAUACUUUCUUUACAGACAUAUAUAUGUGUAUAUAUAGCUCUUAUUUAUAUUAAACCGCAUAUCAUAUCGAUCCAUUUAGAAUCUGGAAGCCAAUUAAUUUUCAAAAGAAGAAAAACCAGUCUCUAGCUAAGACGCACGUACGUAAAUAGAAUACCCAUAUUCAUACAGAAGCUAGCUUAGCUUAGUUAGCAAAGAGUGGGAAUUGAAGGAGAAAAGAUCGGGUCGGGUUAAUGGGUUUAAGAGAUAUCGGAGCGGCUUUGCCUCCGGGCUUUAGAUUCUUUCCCAGCGACGAAGAAUUGGUGUGCCAUUAUCUUUACAAGAAGAUUGCGAAUGAAGAUGUUCUUAAGGGCACUUUGGUAGAAAUUGACCUCCACACUUGUGAGCCAUGGCAGCUUCCUGAGGUGGCAAAGCUGAACUCCAGCGAGUGGUAUUUCUUCAGCUUUAGAGACCGAAAAUACGCAACCGGAUUCCGUACAAACCGGGCAACCAUUUCCGGGUAUUGGAAAGCCACGGGGAAAGAUCGGACGGUCAUGGAUCCUAAGACUCACGCGAUCGUAGGGAUGAGAAAGACGUUGGUAUUCUACAAAAAUAGAGCGCCUAACGGCGUCAAAACUGGCUGGAUCAUGCAUGAAUUCCGCCUUGAAAACCCUCAUAUUCCUCCAAAGGAAGACUGGGUUCUAUGCAGAGUCUUCCACAAAUCAAAGGCAGAAAGCAGCGAACAUCAUAUGAGCAACAUGUACGACAAUAGCAUCAUGAUACCACAUGAAACAUUCCCUAGUUACGCCGUCAAUGGCUCUCCACUGCCUGCCGCCAUCCAAAACGCUUCCUUUCCGCCGACUACGGUUGCCUACUGUCCGAUCUCAUCUACCGCCACGCGUCAAAAUCAAAGCUCCACUAUAGCUAUGGCAACAACCAAUGCGUUGUUCAACAACUCUUCAUCAUUAUCCUUGUCAGCGCCAGAGCAGACAUUUCUCCGGUCGUCGGGGCACGAAGUGGCACAACUAUCUAAGUGUGACACUGAUCAGUUUGCCUUCUUGUUCGACAUGAACUUCGAUCAACAAGGUUUCGAGGACGGAGGAGGUCAUACCACGACUACCCGUCUUGACGAGAUGGCAUUCGAGGAUGAAAAUGGCAUGGUUUUCAUUUGAUUAUAUGUUUAUAUGUAUGUGCACUUGUGUCUCUUUGUCUGUGUUAUUUGUUUACUUGUGCAUAUGUAAAUUUAGAUGGACAUUAAUUAGUUAAGGUGAAAACAAACAAAUAGGAAUGAAUAUGGUGGCUUCCAAUUAAUAUAAAAUUGUUGAAUGGCUAAAUGCUUGCAUGUAUAAUGCAUGUACCGGCUAUGAGACAAUCAUUAUGUUUGGUUGGAUUUGUAAUUUCCUAUUUGUUAGGAGUAGUAACUAGGGUUACUCAAAUGGUAGGGAUCCAUGGUCAGUAGUAGUCGUAUGUGCAUGUAUAUGAUUUUAUGAUACGCGUAAUUUUAAUUGGCGAUUUGUGAAAUAUACUUAAUAGUAUC